UAUAGUCAGGCAGGAGAUAGUGUUUAGCAUUUUUUAGAAGGUUAACUUUGAGGAAACAUGGAUAGGAUUUGUAUUGUAUUUGCUUUCAUUGCCAGAAUCAUUAAGUUGCUGUGAGUUUUCUGGACUCCGUGGCCAUGUUCCAGAAGCACUCUCUCCUGACGUUUUGCCUGCAUCUAUGGCAGGCAUCCUCAGAUGUUGUGAGGUCUGUAGGAAACUAGGAUAAGUGGGUUUAUAUAGCUGUGGAAUGUCGAGGACAGUACAUAAAAAACAAUGCUAAAAAAAACAGGGAAAUUCCAGACAGUAAACAAUCAGGGCCAGCUAACACCUCCCAACAAAGGAUUCCCCCAGGCAAUAAGCAGCCAGACCUUGAAGCUGAAAGGCUAUUCAGUGCUAAUCAAUGUGGUCAAUUGUAACAUUCACACCUGACUGAAGCAACCAAGAGUUCUUCCUCUAACCCUUGACUUUCCACAUACAGUAGAGUCUCACUUAUCCAACAUAAACGGGCCGGCAGAAUGUUGGAUAAUAAGGAGGGAUUAAGGAAAAGCCUAUUAAACAUCAAAUUAGGUUAUGAUUUUACAAAUUAAGCACCAAAACAUCAUGUUUGACAGAAAAAGUAGUUCAAUACCCAGUAAUGCUAUGUAGUAAUUACUGUAUUUACUAAUUUAGCACCAAAAUAUCACAAUGUAUUGAAAACAUUGACUACAAAAAUGCGUUGGAUAAUCCAGAACGUUGGAUAAGUGAGACUCUACUGUAUAUAUAAACCCCACUUGUCCUAGUUUCCAACAGACCUCACAACCUCUGAGAAUUCCUGCCAUAGAUGCAGGCAAAACUCAGGAGAGAAUGCUUCUGGAACAUAGCCAUACAGCCUGGAAAAGUCACAGCAAUCCAUGGAUAGGAUUGCUAUUUAAUGAUAGCUCACUUGCUUGUCCUUUCAUUGAGAUAGAUGGAUUUGACAGCUGAAGAAAGGAAUUGAGAUUGAGUGACUGUAGCCUUGGAGAUGGCUUCCAAAAAUGAUAGUAGCAGCUUCUGCGUCACUUGCAAUCCAGUUUCAUUCCCUGAAGUGGAUCAGCCUCGGCCAAGCUGUCUCCCAGCCACAGAACAGUCAAGGUGCCUUUCUUCUUGUCUCAAUUCUGCAGAGUGGCCACUGAGGCGUUAUGGACGGUUCAUGCCUGGAGGUUUGGGCCCUGCUUCAGGUUCUUGGAAGGUUUUGGAGUCAAAUGAAGAAUCUGGCUUUCUUGUACUUACCAUAGUAAUUUCAGGACAUUUCUUCAUUUCCAAAGGAAAGGAUGUAUUGGAAGGCUUUUCUUUAAUUGAUGCUUUUCAGUGGCUGAAGAUAGUAAGAAAUGCAGAUUGCAUGUUAUUUGGUUCAAAGGCAAAGGACAAACACCGUAUGUUUCGUGUUCAGUUUAUGGGAGACUCCAAAUCACAGGCAGAAGGUAACUGUGAUGACUGUGUGCAGAAACUUGCUGACUAUGUUCCAGUUCAAGUAAUAGAUUCAGCAAGACAGGAGCUGCUUCAAGGCCACAGCCUGCUACUUGAUGAUCAAAAUCAUCAGCAAGAUGCUGAACAAAAUGUACCAAUCCCACACUUGGUUGAAAAUCCUCCUCCAGUAAAAGGAAGAUUAUCUGUGGCAGAGUUAGCACAGUAUAUGAUGUCAACAAAUACUAAGCUGCCUCUUGCAUAUCAACACUCCACAUGGAACGCUGAAGAUUUAAACAGCUUUAUUCGACUGUGUCUCUUGGAUCAGAGCUUCCCAGCAUUUGUGGAAGAAGUGGAGAAACAGCUGAAAAAAAUUGCAGACAGUUAGGAAGCAAAGUGUUGAAAUGUAGUAUUCAAAAUAAGCAAGUUAUUACAAUUUGUUUAUUAAAAUAAAGAAUUCCAAACUCAA